CUAUUACUACUACUAGAUGAAGAUCAACUUGAAACUGCAGGUGGCGCUGCUUCAAGUGUCUGUAAUGUUGUAGCAGCCGCACUGCUACUUUGACGUUUCACAGGAAUAUACGUUACAUACGUGUGGUGUGUAUAUACAAAUAUUUAUAUACACUUUUAUAUAUCCAGCGUCAAUUUUUGGUCUUUCGUACCAAUUUAAAUGAAAUAAAGUGAAAGUUUUGAAUCAUUUAUGGCUAAAUAUAAUGCCACGAACUUACAGCUUGUCAGAAGGAUUAACAAAUGUUUCCAAAGAUCGUAGCGGUAAUGUUCCAAAGGGAACUCCAGUACAUGAGGUAAAACCUAACCAUAACGGACAUGGUGGAGCUGAUGAAGAUCACGAUGGGGCCAAUGAAUCCCUUUCUUCAAAUGAAAGAGCAAAAUCUGAAAGCAAGUUGUACAGUCCAAUGGCAGAGAAAAGUAACAUGGGCUCUAAGCAAUCCAAGAGGGAAUCACUCAAGAUGCAGAAAAAAAAUUAUCGCAGCCAAAAGAAACAAGUUGCUCGUGAAUUACUAACCACCUUGAGUGAUCCCUCUGUCAUCAUUCUCGCAGAUUGGUUGAAAAUCCGAGGGUCUCUGAAAAGUUGGACUAAGCUAUGGUGUGUGUUAAAACCUGGCUUACUGGUACUUUACAAAAGUGAAAAACAGAAGAGUAGCCAUUGGAUUGGAACAAUCUUAUUAAAUACUUGCCGCUUAAUUGAAAGACCCUCAAAGAAAGAUGGAUUUUGCUUCAAACUGUUCCACCCAUUGGAUCAGUCAAUAUGGGCCACAAAGGGACCAAAAGGAGAGACAAUUGGUGCCUUAUUUCAGCCUCUGCCAUAUUCCCAUCUAAUAUUCCGUGCUCCUUCAGAAUCAGACGGUAAAUGUUGGAUGGAUGGUUUAGAACUGGCUUUACGUUGUACGAGCUUACUCAUGAAAUCGAUGGUGAAGGACCAAGAAGUUACCGCCUCAACUGCAAGUCCUGAAAUGUCUGAUUCCUAUUUAGACUCUUCAUUUCAAACUGAAAGCAACGAUCCGCUUGAUGAAAGUGAUUGUGAAAAACAUUUUGCUAAUCAAGGUUUGGAUGAAGAUUGUAAAACUGAUAGGGAUGAGGCAAAAAGUGAAUUAGAAAGUGAAUUUAGUAAUUCUGAAGAGGAAGAAUUCCGACAAUUUAACGAGGAUUUAGAGCCUGUGGAAACAAUUUAUUCUGAGAAUGAGCAAGAAGAGCUUGGUUUGGGUGAUGAAUGUCAAACCGAAGAAGUUAAUGAGGAAGAGAAAAGCCUAAUUUGGGCACUGCUAAAGCAGGUCCGGCCUGGGAUGGAUCUUUCAAAAGUGGUGCUACCAACAUUUAUACUAGAGCCAAGAUCUUUUUUGGACAAGUUAUCUGACUAUUAUUAUCAUGCAGAUCUUCUUUCUGAAGCUGUAUUGAAGGAAGAUCCAUACACAAGAAUGAAGUGUGUUGUACGAUGGUAUUUAUCAGGAUUUUAUAAAAAACCUAAGGGGCUCAAGAAACCAUACAACCCUAUAAUUGGUGAAACAUUUAGAUGCUAUUGGCGUCAUCCCAAAACUAAUACUAGAACAUUUUAUAUUGCAGAGCAGAUAUCACAUCAUCCGCCUAUCUCAGCGUUCUAUGUGACAAAUCGUCAAGACGGAUUUAGCUUAAGUGGUAGUAUAUUAGCAAGAUCGAAAUUCUAUGGUAAUACUUUAUCUGCUCUACUUGAUGGAACUGCUAAGUUGACAUUCCUUAGUCGAGGAGAAGAUUAUUUCAUCACCAUGCCCUAUGCUCAUUGCAAAGGGAUAUUGAUUGGUACUCUGACCAUGGAAAUGGGAGGCAAAGUCUGUAUAAACUGUCCUAAAACAACAUAUAGAUGUGAAUUAGAAUUCAAGUUAAAACCAUUUCUUGGAAGUGGUGAAGCUUCCAACCGAAUAGUUGGCCGUAUCAAAAUGGGGUCAGACACUCUAGCUGUGAUAGAGGGCCAUUGGGACCAAGAAGUGUUUAUUAAAGACAAGCGUUCAGAGGAGAUACAGAUGUUUUGGAAUCCUACACAAGAAGUAAUAAGUCAAAGACUAAAACGAUUUACUGUUCCUUUGGAAAAUCAGAAUGAAAUGGAAUCUGAAUUAUUAUGGAAAAAAGUCAGUGAUGCUAUCCUCAAAGGGGAUAUUAAUACUGCUACACAAGAGAAAUAUUUUCUUGAAGAUAGGCAAAGACAAUGUGCAAAAGAACGUAAGGCUUUGUUGGAAGAAUGGAUUCCAAACUUAUUUGAAAGAGACCCACUAACAUUAGACUGGGUCUACAAGCAUGCUGAUAUGAGACCAUGGGAUCCAUGUAAUGACUUGCUGCAGUACGAAUCUGAAUAUGUAAUUAAAGCAAGAACUCGUCACCGAACACCGAUGGUGCGUGCAAGAAGCCUUUCCAGUCUUGAUAAAAAAGACGAGUGCAAAAAUUACAGCAAAAGCAAAUUGUGUUCAAAUCGUAUGAAACGUCCUUCCUUAAAUCAACGACACAUGGGUGAAGAAAGUGGUAGUUCUACUCCUGAUCUAGAAAUCAACAGACAUGACAGCGAUUCAUCUAAUUCUGGCCAUUUGAGAAUUCGAAAUGCUUUAUCAUCAGCUAAAUCUUCCAAUCUGACUGAUGAAACUUUUUUAAAAGCAAUUGAAACUCUAUCUCAAAUUUUGGGAGACACACAACAAACUGUCCAUUCAUUCCAACAGCAAUUAACCGUAGUAAGACGUGAACAACAAUACUUACUCGGCCAACAAGGAUUUAUGGCACAGAACCGAGAUUGGGUUGUUCUCACUAUUAUACUGGUAUUCCAAGCCAUGGUCCAGUGGGUGUUCAAAUGACAAUGCCAAGUUCUUCCAAUAACAAAUCAACCAUAUAUUCUAUAAACCUACUUUGUGAUAAUUUUUUUUUUCCUCUUUAAGUCCCCCUCCUUUCUUCUCCUUUCUGAUUCCUGUAAAUCAUGCAUCAUGCCUCCUGAUCUCUUCAGGAACUGCAGUUGUCUCAGUGCAAAGUCCAUUCCAUGAAAUGGUACAUAAUUCUACAUGACCAGUCAUAGCUAUGUUCAUUGAUACAAAGAUUAUCAAUGAAGGAAUUCAUCAUCUGCCUUACUAAUUCUUUUACCAAACAUUGAAACUGCUGCUGCUACUGCUGCUGCCCUAGCUAUGGUUACUUCUCAUCCCAUGUCUCAAUAAUGUAGUAACGGUAAUUACCGUUAUUGCUUCAAUGUAUAAUUAUAAACAUCUAUUUUUAUUGCUUUCA